AUGCACAGCUGUAACAAUGCCAGCUACAGGCCAAAAAGAACGUUUCGAAAGAAGACGGAAAAGGCAACGAUAAUGUCGAAAAUUGACGAAAAAACAAAGAUCGUUAUUACAGAGGCUCUGACAAAAAUCGAAACGAGACUUGCGCCUAAAGGCCUGCAUGUUCUAGUUGGAGUCGGCCAUUUGGAGUGGUUCGAAGAUCCAGCGAUUCUUGAUGUUCCUUUGUGUCUUAGAGGAGAGGUCUUUAACCCAGAUCAUUUAUCGCAUUCAAAGAUUGCUGCUCUGAAGAACCAGGAAAACGAAAUCCUCUUCAUCAUGCGAAAAGUCCAAAUAAUCCCGAACCUCAUUCACGGAAGAGCCUUCGAAGUCCAAGAUGCCCAAGGAGCACCUGUCUGUCGAAUUCGUGGGCCUGUCCUUAGUUUUCCCUGCCACAACCGCCUGAGCUUCCCAAUUCUCUCCAUGGAAAAAUUCGGCAUUGGAACAAUUUCUAAAUUCGACAAUCUACACUUAAAACUUCCAAGUACUCUAAAUGUGGAACACAAAGCUCUUCUCAUCGCUGCUGCUAUGCUCUUUGAUGAUUUAUUCUUUUAA